UUUCCUUUUUUUUUUACUUCGAGUUUCUCGGUGAAUGGCUUUUGUUGCUUUCUGCUUAAUGGAAGGACCUUGAGGAGUUUAUUUUCUCUCUCUCUCUUUAUUUCUUUCUCUGCUUUUAUUUCCUCUGCAGUUCGUGCAUUUUCACCUGCAAUUUUUGAAGGCAGUAAUUGAUCUUCUUCUCUUUGUCUCCUCCGCCAAGUUUUUCUCCGUAAAAGAGGCUGUCUUGAGAAGUUUUGGGUUCUGAUGUCUCAACCGCUGCUGGGCGUGGAGGAGGAAGGGCAGAGUAAUGUUUCUUCUCCCUCUGAUGACUGUAUCUCCCAGAAUGGCUUGGGAUUAAAGGAGCGUAAUUAUCUUGGACUAUCAGAUUGUUCCUCAGUUGACAGCUCUGGUGUCUCGAGCUUGACAGAGGAUAACAAGAACAAUCUGAAUUUGAAGGCUACAGAGCUGAGGCUUGGUCUUCCUGGAUCCCAGUCCCCUGAGAGAGAACCAGAGCUUUGCUUACUGAACUCAGGAAAACUUGAUGAGAAACCACUGUUUCCUCUACUUCCUUCUAAAGAUGGAAUCUGCUCAUCAUCACAGAAAACUGUUGUUUCUGGAAACAAAAGGGGGUUCUCUGACACCAUGGAUGGAUUCUCAGAGGUGAAAGGCUCUGUGUACACUGAAAAAAUUUGGAUGUUUCCUGGAGCUGGUUCUGAUUCUGAAUCUCCACAAACUGUGGGACACGGAAAAUAUCCUGGUAAUCCAGGGGUCAAUGUGAUGCUGUCGGCAAGGUCUUCUGGAGCUCAAGCAUCUGUAAAGAAAGAUGGGCCUCCAAAUGCACUACAAGAACGACCUCGUGCCCCAAAUGGAACAAGCCUCAAACAAACUGGCAUUUCUAACAACAACAGCAGUGCACCUGCUGCCAAGGCACAGGUUGUUGGUUGGCCACCAAUAAGAUCAUUUAGGACUAAAACACUGGCCACUUCUUCAAAGAACAAUGAUGAAGUUGAUGGAAAACCAGGUCCCGGUGCUCUUUUUAUCAAGGUCAGUAUGGAUGGGGCUCCUUAUCUGAGGAAGGUGGAUUUGAGAACUUAUUCAACUUAUCGGGAACUAUCUUCUGCUCUUGAGAAGAUGUUCAGCUGUUUUACCCUUGGUCAAUGUGGGUCUCAUGGUUCUCCUGGGAAGGAAAUCUUGAGUGAGAGCAAGUUGAAGGAUCUUUUGCAUGGAUCAGAAUAUGUGCUUACAUACGAAGAUAAAGAUGGGGACUGGAUGCUUGUUGGAGAUGUACCAUGGGAGAUGUUUAUUGAAACAUGCAAGAGGCUGAAAAUCAUGAAGAGCUCUGAUGCGAUUGGAUUAGCUAAGAUGUCUAUUUGUUGCCUUGACAUCUGAGCUCAUUUUCAAAGCAUCUUCCACGGAGUGGAUUUUCUUUUGCUCCUAGAGCAAUGGAGAAAUCCAAGAACAGCAACUAGAAAGACUUUGGAUGUGAUCAUUAACUUCCUCCUGCCAAAUUUGAAGUGGAAAAUUCUAGAGUGUGGAGGAAGCUGUGAUAAUGGAGAGCAUUAACUUGCAGGAUGCCUUGUGCAGAAUGAAAGAUCAUGGCAAAUUCCAUCUCAUCUUUGUUUGAUUGCACGAAGAAUUAGUGUUACUUUAUGUUUGUCACAAGUUUAUCAUGAUUGUCCAAAGUGUUAAGAAAAUUAGUGAUUGUGGAUAUUAUAUAUCCUCAUAGGAACCUGUAAUGUUUAAGUUGUAUUGUAUUCCGUUGAAUGCUGCGUGUUUUUAUCUUAAAACCAUCCGGUUGUUCUGCUUCAUCUGUUGA